GAACCUUCUCCUACAGUUGGACGUUCGUUGACGGCGUUCAUGCGAGCCGACAGAAAGUGGCGCCUACGGGGCGACGACAGCUAGAAGCCAGCCGUAAAGGCCGAGUCAUGACGAGCAGCAUCGAACCGGAGGUGGCGACGCUCAGAGGACAUAAGGACACGGGGGAGACGAAGACAGACAAUGGGAAAUCCUUCACGACUCUCAGCACCAUCGCAAUUCAGACUGGCCAAUCGCAGCUGGUCGUGUCUGUAGUCAAGAGCGGCUCGCUGGUCCACCUUGAGCUGAUCCAGGUCCAGCCUGAGCUCUGUGAGAUUGGCUCAAACCAGGAAGAAAACAGGACACUCAUGCAAGAACAUGAGAAGUUGAUGAAGACAAUGAAGAAACACCAGCAAGAAGUUGUGGAGGCGGCAGGGGAAAUUGGAAGGAAGAGGAGGAGGCAGGAAGAAGAUCAGGAAGUGUACGAGGCUAUGGGAGCGUGUCUGAAUGAAGGCUGGUACAAUUUGCUCCGCGUCCUGGAGAGGCGACAGGAAGUGCUGACGCUGGCAGCAAGCUUCUACCAGGCAGCGUCGCAGUUGUUGCUUGGAGUUGACAACGUCGAAGAUACUCUGUUACGAGUGGACGUCGGGUUUGCUGACGCUACACUUGCUUUGGAUGCCAUGAGGAGAGAUGUACUAAGAAGUUCUCUGAAGGUGCUAUUGAGCGGCGGCCAGCUUCUUCGUGAGCUCGAACUACUCCAGCGUACUGACAGCCUCCGUGGGGCAUCAGUGGUACUGCAGCAGCACACGUCACAUUCUUUAACCUGUUCAACACGGCACAAAUGCGGUCUUGCCUGCCCCGCUUUGUUGAAAUCCUUCCUCCUAUGUGGUUAUGGCAAAUGUAACAAAGCCAAUGCAAUGUCACAUGUUCUUCCCAGAAUUCCAGACCCAGCCAGCAAGUGGCGGUGA